AUGUAUAUAUCAGAACAAACACCAUUUAAAAACUGGUCUCUCCUCAAAUGUCUAGAAUAUUUGGAAACUAGAUCGUUAGAUUUGAGAACAUCUGACAAAGAAUUAAUUCAAAGCGAUUUCAAGCAUCAUGUCCAUUCACUAAUGAAUCAUCAAGCGGAAGCAGAUCGGGUGUUGGAAUCUGAAGAAAUUACAACGAUUUUUAGAAGAAUAGAUACGAGGGCACUUGAAGAAAGCAAAAGGGAGCUAUUAGCUGUAAAAAAAUCAUUAUUUGAUACGGAGGUCCAGCUCACUAUCGAAGACUAUAAAAUACAGACCACAUCAUCUUCGAUUAAUUUAAACGAUUCACUGAUUGACUUGAGACCAAAUUCAAAAUUUACAAGAAAACUUCCUCUAGAUAUUCUGAAUCCUUAUUUGAAAGAACUUGAUGACAGAAUUGAAAAUUUGAUUCCAUUAAACGUUCACAAUUUUUUAACAAAGUUUUUCAAUCAGAAUCUAACAGAUAGUGGUUGGAAUAAUAUGAUUGAUGAUCUACAAUGUUCAGAUAAAAACGACCAUUUAAUGGUUUCAACGGUUCGAAUCUUGCGCAAAACUUUACCAACUUUGACCAAGAAAUCCACUUUUAAAUUUGGACAAAUUUCAAUUGGUAUACGUGGAGGCUCAAGACCCAAUGAAAAAGAUGAUAAAGAAAUAGCAGAUGCUUCUAAAAUCUCUGAUAACCUUCAGAAAAUUUUUUUAAAUAUAGCCAAGGAUAACAUAAAAUAUUCUUCUCUUGUUACUGGUAAUUGUAAGUCGUCAAGCGAUUGGAUAAUUUUUGCUGAUAGAUUGAAUGGAUUGAGUGUUAUCGUUGAAAGUGAUGACAAGGUUGAAAAUGCAAAACUUCCAAGAUUAGCCCAAACCUCUUCUUUGUAUUGGAUUAAGUGGAUUAAUGGCCUCAUGGAUAUUAUUCGCCGACCACAACCUACAAACAAAAAAGAUAAGGGAAAGGCUUUCAUACUUGAAAAUAUGUGA